AUGUCACUUUAUGACAACCAUACAGCUAAACAGCCUACUUCCUCUUGUCUUGUUGGAAAUAAUAAGCGAGCAGGAGCAAAAAAGAUUAUCGAGGAAGUAAAGAAGGUUCAGCCCGUGCGUGUUGUGGUAAAUGAACAAGUGGGUCGGUCCAAGGCAGGAUCUCCUUUUAGCCGGUUUCCAAAUUUAACCGUCUCACCCACAGCAAUCCCUUGUAAUCUGUCCACAAGUGACUUCCCAGUUCUUGGUACUACGGUGUCCAGAACUGAGGAGAAGAAAGCUGAAGGAGGAAAGGGGCCUGUCUUCAAUGAAUCCUACUACAGCCAAGUGAGAGAGGUCCAUGGUGCUAACAUGAGAGCAGCAGAAGCCUUGCUGGAAGAUGAAGACAAUUUUGGGAGACGGAGAAAGACCAUGAGCUCAAAGGAUGUGAACUGUUUGGUAGAGGAUGUCAUGAGAGCCCUUGCAGGCGAAGGAGAGCAUGUCACCCUCGACAGGGUGAUCAGCAGAGUUUGUUCACUUCUGCAAGUGUCCAGCUUGAAAGAUAUGAAUAUCGACACUCGUCGGCAUCUGCCUGCAGUGCAGGAACUUCAGCGCACCAUCAAGGAGAUCAAUAUGUAUAUCGAGUCAGUGGAAGUGGUUUCCUCUAUAUGCACGCUUUACGAAUUGGGACAGGCUUUGGCCAACCUGAAGAACAAGAAGCGCUUUGAAGAACUCCAUCUGGGCCCUCUCUGCAAGAUCCUCUUAUUCACAGAAUGUUCAAAAUAG